CAGGCUGGAAAGGAACUCUCAUUGAUGAUUCUGAAUGCCAGCCUCGGCAGGAGCCCACCAGAGGGCAGGAGCAGGGAGUUGUGCCAACCACUGAGGGAAAGACAAGGCACCUGAGGUUUCGAGGCCCAGGCUGGCAAAAGGGAAGCUGAGCUGGCCUGGCUGUGGAGGAUGAAAGAUGGAGUGGCCAGGCCCUCCUACUAACCCCACCCCUCCAUCCCUGUGCAUAGGGGCUGACUCAGCCCAUUCUCAGGCCCAGAAUCUUCCCUGUGGUAGACCCAGGGGCCUUUGUCCCUGUAGUCAUGAGGUCUGAGGGGGGUGGGGACAAUGUUGAUAAAAGGCACGAGAAGCGGAUUCCAUACUCUUCUCCAGAGCUGCUGCCCAGAUGCAGCCCCGGACACAGCCCCUAGCCCAGGCCCUACCCUUCUCCCUCGGAGGGGCGCUUCGAGACACUGGGCUCCGGGUGCCCGUCAUGAAGAUGAACAUAGGGUGGGAGGGCCUGCGGCAGACCCUGAAGGAAGUCGCCUACAUCCUCCUCUGCUGCUGGUGUAUCAAGGAGCUGCUGGAUUAAUGGCGGCAGGGAACUCCCUCCUCCCCACCCGCAACAUGGCUGUCUUCUCUCAGUGCCCAGCCCAACCCCACCAAGACUCCUGCAGCCAGCUGUGCUUGACAAAGGAUGGGCCACAAACACGGACUGAAGUGUGGAUCCUGCUUUGAGUUUGUGCCAUCUGUCAGAUCAGCUUCGUCUCUGGGCCUCCAUUCCCAGCCUCCACCUCUGGCGGCCCUCUGGUGUGCAAGAGCUUGAUCUGCUGGCUAGGACCCCAAUAAGACUGCAGCAGGAUCUAGCACUCCUCCAAGCCUGGCACAGUGAGCCCACCAGCCCAGAUGGUUGAUCUUACCAUACCCUCUUAGUGCCAGGAAUGGGCUGCUCCCUAAUAUCUCCAUUUGAGAAUCACUGAACUAUAUAUAUAAUAAAUAGAUCUUAAGG